AUGAACGGCAAUGUAAAUAAUUUUUACAACAAAUAUAUGAAUAUUACACUUAAAAAAAUUAAAUUCAUAGAUAUAUAUAUAAUUUUUAACCUUUUUAAUAUAAUUCUUUUAUCAAUUUAUGCAUUCAUAUUUUCAUUAUUUAAAGAAAAAAUAGCACAUGGUACUAUUUUUACAGCUAUUGGAAAUGUCACACUUUUAAUCGCCUUGCGUGUGCAGAUCACGAACAAGACCUUGUUUAGUCUUAAGCAGGAAAAAAUUAUUUUCGAUUUUGUGCUGUGCUCACUAAUUUUAUAUAUUGGCACAUUUAGCUAUAUCCACUUAAAUUAG